CAAGCAGCAGCAUCUGUACGGCACAGAAGCUGCCACGUGUAAUUCCCAUAGGUAAAAGUAAAACCCUAUUAUUUGUUUCAAGGGUUUAUGCAGCUUCACAGUCUCAACUCACACACACACACACAGUGAAGAACCCUCGCUCUGUUAUUCAAGGUUUGAGCCAUGGCGUUUAUCGGUAAAAUAGGAAAGCUACUCAAGAAUUCUGCUGUCAAGCACAUCAGUCAGGAUGUUUCUGUGUCUACUCCUUCGAUGUUUCAAGCAAUCAGAUCCAUGUCAUCUGCCAAGGUUUUUGUUGGAGGUAUUUCAUACAGCACUGAUGAUACAAGUCUGCGAGAAGCUUUUUCUCGUUAUGGAGAAGUUAUUGAAGCAAAGAUUAUCGUCGACCAUGAUUCGCAAAGGUCCAGAGGUUUUGGCUUUGUAACAUAUGCAACCAGUGAGGAUGCAUCUUCUGCCAUUCAGGCCCUCGAUGGCCAGGAUCUUCAUGGUCGGAGAAUACGGGUAAAUUACGCUACUGAAAGGUCACGUCCAGGGUUUGGUGGAGGCGGCGGCGGCUAUGGUGGCGGUGGCAGCUAUGGUGGAGGCGGCAGCUAUGGUGAAGGCGGAAGCUAUGGUGGAGGCGGAAGCUAUGGUGGUGGCGGCAGCUAUGGUGUUGGUAACAGCUAUGGUGGUGGUGGUCGUGGUAACUACCAAUUCAAUGAAAAUUCCGGUGGUGAUCUUGGACCUGCUAGCGGUGAGCUCAGCAGCAACUCUGGUUUUGGAUAUGGUCAGUUUGGUGGCAACCAAAAUGACACAACAGGUGCAGACAUAGAUGAAUUCAAUGUGAGUCAGAACAAUGUUGAACCUAAUGAUGAGUAUGCUCAAACCAGGUGAAGAGAGCAUUUUGGUCAUAAAGGAUUUCCUUGCUAGAGCAAGUAACCUGUGGGUUUGAUUAUAACUGGAUGUUUUUCUAGUAUUUGAUUGCAUUUUGGUUGUUUGGCUUGAAUUUGGUAGUUUGUCAGAUCAACGACUGAUGUAAAAUAAGUUUUCUAGGAAUUGAAUAAUUGCUACUUCAUAUAGAAUGAUUUUUUUUUCGACCA